CGGAGCUCUACCGAAGUUUAUUUUGAAGACAUAUUAACUGCUGCAUUUUCAGCCCUGGAAGAUAUUGAGCUUUUCGCUGGAAACAUGCGCUACAUAUUAUCUGCACAACUAUUCAUAUGCAUUUUUUCGUGGGGAUCAUUUGUCAGUAGUGAGCGCACAUUACAACAUGUGACGGACUACGACGUUGUCAGACCUCGGAAAUUGAGCAGUAGAAUGAAAAGGAGCAUUUCUUCGGAACAGGCAUAUCCUGAGGAGCUUCAAUAUGCAUUGACUAUAGAAGGAAAAAACUACACAGUGCAUCUAGAGAAAAACAGCCUUCUCAUAGGGAAGCAUUAUACAGAGACACACUAUUUGGAAAAUGGAACUGAAGUGACUACCUCACCAAACUAUAAGGACCACUGCUAUUAUCAUGGUCAUAUUCAAGACAUUGAGGAUUCAUCUGCUAGCAUUGGAAUGUGCUCUGGAAUAAGGGGAUUUAUGCGGGCUGAGCAGCAGGUGUACCUGAUCGAGCCCCUUGAGGACUCUGUGGAAGGAGACCAUGCGGUGUACAGACAAGAACACCUGAGAAGGCAGAGGGCCACCUGUGGGAACAGCAAUGACACCUUCUAUGAAGAUGAGCCCAGGGUCUCUGGAGUGUAUAAGCCCAACAGUGCGGUAAGCAAAUCCAAUCCUGGCAGAGAGAAAAGAUUUGUUGAGAUGUAUUUAGUUGUUGACAAUGCAGAGUACAAAACAUAUGGAAGAAGUAUGGAGAAGGUAAAAGCCAGAAUGCUGGAAAUCGCAAAUCAUGUUGAUAAGCUGUAUCGACCUCUGAACAUCCGUGUCAUGCUGGUGGGGCUGGAGGUUUGGUCUAACAAAGACAAGAUUGAUGUCAGUGUUAGUGCUGAUGACACCUUGACUAGAUUUCUCCAGUGGCGCCAGGAAAACCUCGUCAAAAAGGCAAAACAUGACAACGCACAGUUUGUCACUGGCAUUGACUUUUUAGGUGACACCGUUGGCUUGGCACAAACAUCAGCUAUGUGUACUGACAGCUCCGGAGCAGUGAAUCAGGACCACAAUUCAAAUGCCAUUGGCGUCGCAUCCACUAUCGCUCAUGAGAUGGGACACAACUUGGGAAUGUCUCACGAUCACUCAGGUUGUUCCUGUGAAACAUCAGUGUCUAACAAGAACUGUGUCAUGUCAAGCACUGUUGGGACAAUCUAUCCGGAGACAUUCAGCAGUUGUAGUCAGGAGCACCUGGGAUUGUUUUUGGAGAACAGCAACCCCAGCUGCUUGCUUGACAGCCCCCCAACAGAUAAGGUCUAUGGGGGUCCUGUCUGUGGCAACGCCUUCCUGGAGCCGGGAGAGGAGUGUGACUGUGGAACUCAGAGAGAAUGCAAGAACCCCUGCUGUAAUGCCACCACGUGUCGCCUGAAAGAGGGAGCCAAGUGCGCAGAGGGGGGGUGUUGUAAAGACUGCCAGCUCAUGCAAGCAGGAAGUCCCUGCAGAGAAACAGCCAAUGAAUGUGACCUUGCAGAGUACUGCACAGGGCAAUCGGCGCAGUGCCCGAAGGAUGUGUUCAAGAUGAACGGUCUGCCCUGCAACUUUGAUCAGGGAUAUUGCUAUAAUGGCCAAUGUCCCUCAUACGCGCAGCACUGCAAAAGACUGUGGGGAUCAGGUGCACGAGUUGCAGAUGAUUUCUGCUUUGAUUUCAACAGACGAGGUACUGAGGACGCUUACUGCAAAAAGACAAAAAAUGGUUACCAGCCCUGCACACAAGAGAAUGUAAAAUGUGGAAAGAUGUUCUGCAGAGGAGGGAAUGACUUUCCCAUUACUCGGAAAAAGGCCUUCUAUCGUCAGGGAAUGUGCAACAUAGCUAUGGACAGCUCUGAAACCGAGGACGUUGGUAUGGUUCCAACAGGGACCAAAUGUGGACAUCAGAAGGUAUGCUAUGAUAAUGUUUGCCAAGACAUUGAUGUGUAUGGUGGAAGUGACUGUUCAGCCAAAUGCAACAAUCAUGGGGUCUGUAAUCAUGAGAGACAAUGCCACUGCGACCCAGGUUGGGCUCCACCCUACUGUAAUGUGAAACAAGAAGCCAGGCCAGGUAAUAAUAAUAACGUGGCAAUCGGUGUGUCAGUAACGAUCGUCAUUCUUCUUGUGCUCACCCUUGUUGUUGGGGGGCUGAUGUGCUGCAGAAAGAAUAGAAAAGCACUCUACACCAGCGAAAGGGAAGUCAGCCAGGCCUCGGGUCUGUCCAACCCCCUGUUCCAGGAGGGCAGUGCGAAGGGAAGCCCUCGCUGCAGACCACCCGGAGUCAGUCCGCCCAACCUUCUGCAAUCAUCUGCAAAUCAUGACUGCGCCCCCCUGAACGUCACAGUUGUCCCCAGUCGCCCGCCCCCGCAGCCACCUAAGAAAAUGGAACCUCAAUCAAGCACUGCAUGGAGGCCAAAAGUUCCACCCCCCGCCCCCCCUAUUGGAUCAGUGCAUUCACAGGAGGCAAUGCCAUUACCUCCAACAAAGCCUUUGCCACCCCUACAUGUCAAACAAGUGAACAAAUCAAAUCCAUCUCCACCAGUACCCCCUGUGAAGCCAACAGGACCAAACGCUUAUGAAAAACAUCAUCAGGCAGGAACAGUGGGACCACAGAUUCCAUUGAAACCGCCUACCAAGCCAAGAUGAAGAUAAGCAGGAGGAUUGGUGGUGAUUCGUUUCAACAUUGGAGGUGGUCUGACUACCAAAGCCACGGCUUACUUUGGAAAGUUGCUUUUCUGUUGAUGUAAGAGCAGUGCUUUCACCGCUGUGCAUGGCUUUGUGGAACAAAAAAUGAGGAAAAAAAGGUCACAAAGGGUUGGUACUAUUGAUUGUUGGGGAGUCGUAGAUAUGAUUACUCACAUUUAUUUCAUUAACUUUCCGUUUCAGUUGACUGAGGAAAAGCUAUUUUCAGUCAUGUAAUGCUGUAGGUGUUUUUUGCUUUAUACUUUCUGUGUCUGCUCUAAGAUCACAUGACUGGGAAGAGGUGAUUCAGUUUAACAGUUUAUGAUAUUGAGAUAUUUCAAUGAACAAUG